CUUUCAUAACAUGUCAUUAAUAAUCAGCUCCGCCAACUUGAGGACCAUUGUAACAAAAUCGAGCGACGCCCUGAUGACUAACGAAACCGAAAGACGUCGGGCGUCAAACCCGUCUUACUAAACGAUUAAUUUUGAAUAAGAAUCGUUUUGACGUAGAAAUAGCUUACAUUUUGAACUGUUUAUCGCUGUAUAUUUAUUCCAAUUAAAUUUUACGUCUGCGAUUGUCUCUAUCUGGAAACGCAGUGACGGACGAAUAUUUUCGAUUUUUACUAUACAAACGCUAAAACGUGGGUUGAAAGCUCAAAGUAGCUCAAAGUUGUCUUAUUUGUUUUCCGAGACAUGAAGAGACGCUUUAAAGUAAUGGGAGCGACUCAGAGCGCAGAUUUAAACGUCCAGAAUGACUCAAGGAAAGCUACUUUCCAAUUCCCCCUGGACAUCCUGGAGGAAAUAUUCCUAAAUGUCCCCCCAUAUCAGGUGGUUCGUGGUUGUCGCUUAGUGUGCCAAGACUGGAAAGAAGUUGCUGACAGAGACUCAUUCUGGAUAGAAAGAUGCAGAAGAGAAGGAUAUCACAGCCAGCAUGCCUCCGAAAUACCUAGGGACUGGAAAUAUUUCUACUUUACUCACAAGAAAAGAAGAAAUCUUCUUAAAAAUCCAAGAGGAGAAGAUGGGUUUGAUGGGUGGACGAUAGUCGAAAAUGGUGGUGACCGAUGGAAAAUUGAAGAUCCUAUGGUGUCGCAUCCAAAUGAAGGAGUCCAGAAAAACUUUGUAACCUCUUAUGGAAUGUGCUUGAAGUCGCAGCUGAUUGAUUUAAAGAAAGAAGGAUACAACUCUUCAUUUAUGGAUGAAAUCCAGCCACACAUCCGGAUAUCUGACUGGUACGCGCCUCGAUGGGAUUGCGGCUGUUUAUAUGUAAUCACGGCGGAGCUUCUGAAUGACAAGAAGAAAGUUGUUCGGAAAUUUGCUCCUGAAACUGUUACGUUUGCUCAGUGGAACGAACAGCAGUGGAAUCUGAGGACUUAUGUUUUCAAAGAUUAUGGGCCCGGAGUGAGAUACAUCAGAUUUACACACGGCGGCAAAGACACACAGUUCUGGGCAGGCUGGUUUGGAAUUCGAGUGACGGAUAGCUGUGUUGAGAUAUGUCCAGCUGAUGACUCGUAGGUUUUGGAGAUUCACAUAAAGGUUAUUUAAAUGGUGGCUCGUUGAAAUGUUUAUUAUUUAAUCAAAGAUUGCCUUUUAAAGCUUGUCAAGGCACUGUAUCACUGCAAGUUAAGAUAAAAAAAACUGUAUUUACAUGUGCUUUAAAGAGCUUGUUUGAUUUAAAUGUAAUCAACUUUUCCAUCCAUCAACUAUUAAUCUAUAAAAAAAAGAAUCUCUUUAUCUGUUUUCGGCCUCUUCUUCUGCUCCUUCUUUUAUGUUGUCUAUUGAUAUUUAGUCCUAAAUGUAAAAACAUA